AUACAGAUUAUACUUGGAUGGGUGCCAAAGCUGCAGUACGCCGUUUGCUGGAUUACUGUGUAAAAGCAUUGAGUAAAGCUACUAGCUUAAGUGAAGAUGAAUUAAAUAUUUUAGUAAAUUUCGUCCAGGUUAUUCUUGAAGCCGAAUUUGACGAUCUUGAAGACGGGAUACAUUUUGAAAUAUUUAGACGCCACGUUGGUGAUCUCCUUCUGUUGUUAACCCAGCAUAAUAGAUUAGCCAGCGAGGAGAAAGUUAUCGCUCGUUAUCUACAUAUUUUACACCAUGACGAGGAAGAGGUUCGGACCUGGGCAACGCAACAUCUGGCAUCAAUGGGAGAAAGAGCCAAGAAAAUAUUUUCACCUUAUUUUACCCAAUUGUCAGAGGCAUUUUAUAAAAGUGAACAAUCUCAUAUUCUUGGUAUUAUCCAAGCAGCUUAUCAGCACAAUAAAGAACCCAUGAAAGAACAUUUUCAGAAAUUGUUUGAGUACGUUAAGGGUACAGAUGAUACUAUAAGGAUAGCUAUAAUUCAGAUUCUUGUCAUAGUAGCCAAUACAGAACCAGAGUUAUUUACCAACGAAAAUGUGGAUGAUCUGAUUGAUGCUAUAAACAACUAUGACUUGAAUACCAUGAACUUUCUACUGACUAUAGUGGCACCACUGGCGACUCACAAUCCAGGAUUAUUCCACAGACAUCUGGACAGAAUUAUUGCAGGACCAGAGAACGAGACCACUUUCUAUCACUUGUAUACAUUUCUUGUUAAUAUAGUGAUGAAUAGUGAAACAAAGCUAGCUCAAAAGGUGGUAGAUUACUUUAUAAAAGUUUUAAAAGACGAGAAAAACGUAGAAAAAAUCGGAAGAUUGUUAGAUGAAUUAAAGAGGUUGGUUGUGCCCCACCAUACAGUCAUAAACCAACACAAACAGUACUUUCAACAAUAUCGUCAACAAACCACAGAUCAUAAUAUCAUAGAGCGAGUCGAGACAAUUUUGAAUUUACUUGAAAACAGAAGUUUGAAGACACUGUCUGAUGAAAAUAAGCAACAAGAGGGUGAAAUAGAGAAUUUAGAUCAACGAGUUACAUCAAAUGAGGCAAAAAUCGAAAACUUUGCCGAAACUUCUAAAGCCAAAGGGACUACAGUGAACACAUCUGCAAAUAGCGAUGAGACUGGUAAUCAAAGAUCGCCUCAAACGUCAUCUCCGGUUAAGCCAAAAUCUAAAUCAAACUUUUGUAAUAUACUAUGAAAGGCAUAGCGAGUCUACAUAUCGAUCAUUCAUUCAAUAUAUAUUUAUUAAGCGACACCAUAAGUAUAACCAAUCUUGACAUAAUAUGAACACAGUAUUGUAGCCACCAUUAUUUGGGAAGUGACAACAGGUGUUCCAUGUCUUUAGUAAUAGCCAACCGUAAUUGGUAAGUGUGACUAGUCGUUCCAUGCCUUUAAUAAUUAAUAUCUGUGAUAUAUCAACAGGGUAAUAUUUAACUGUUUUUCAUUUUGUAAAGAGGAUAUAAAAUAUGUUUGUUUGUUUGUAUCCCAGUUUAUUUUAUUUAU